GGUCGAUGAGGUGAAGUUCGUGUGGCAGGAGGCGGCACGCACGGCAAUGGCCGAUUACAAGAAGAAAUUGGAGAAGUGGAAUACACACAAAGAGCAGUCGGAGAAAACUACCCAAACGGAUGAGACGGUGGAUCGAUCUGCAUGAAGUGCGUUUAAACGUAAACGUUUUGUUGGGUCAUGCAGCCAAAACUGUGCAGUAGACUGCGAGUCUGGUUCACUGGUUUCUUGGGAUAAUGUGGAUAAAUUCCGCCGGGCGCAAGUACAUAAGAGCGAUGCAUCCCGGGAUCAGUCCCCAGGAAGUGUUUGUGAAGGGCAGUGAGAUGUGGGGAGCCAUGGUCGAUGAGGUGAAGUUCGUGUGGCAGGAGGCGGCACGCACGGCAAUGGCCGAUUACAAGAAGAAGGGCGCGGUCCGCAGUGUGGCAUCGUUAUAGUAAUAAUAAAAAAAAAAAAAAAUUUCUAUUUGAAAUUUACUUGGAAAAUUUGUUGUAGAAUUGGACUGUAUAUCGUUAAGAUCUAGAGAAAAACUAAAAAUAUCUAAAAGAGCACAUGAUAAGUAAUGCGAAAU